AUGUCUAUUUACCUCUUAGGUUUCUUCUUCGCCAUGUUCUUAUGUAACUGUGUCCAUCUCCUCCUUCGUCCUAUCUCCCAGCCUCGUAUCAUUGCAGAAUCCAUUGUGGGAUUGCUACUUAGCAAUCUUGAAUUCGUUCGUUCAAGGUUCUUAAACGAUAGUGAAGUUCAACAGACAUUGAAUUACAUUGUGGAUGCUAUUAUGGUGUGUCACAUGUUUGUUGUUGGAUUAGAGAUUGAUCCAAAUAUAUUCCUCCAAUUAACUUUACCAGAGGCGAAAGUCGCGUAUUCAGGGGUACUUACAACUUUUGUUUUAGCAUGUCUGAUCACUCCACUUCUCAAUAUAUCUAAACAAUCAAAUGCUGUGUUCAGUUCAUGCCUCGCGAUUGUUCUAGCUGGAACAGAUUCACCUCUGUUAACUCGAUUGAUAACUGAUCUGAAGAUUGGUAAAUCAGACAUUGGUAGAUUUAUUGUUGAUGCGGGGAUACACUCUGAUGUUGUAUCGAUCUUGUUGAUUGCUAUUGGAUUUCUCAUAUUCGAUCCUGAUAAGAACUUUCAGAAUCGUAGUGUGAUAAUGAUGUUGAAGAUGAUGGCGAUUUUGGUGUUUCAGACGCUGUUAGCAUCGAAAGUAGUACCAUCUGUUAUGAAAUGGGUGAAUAAUGAAAAUCCAGAAGGGAAACCUAUGAAAGGAUCACAUUUAGUUGUGGCAUUAGCAUUUAUAAUCUUAAUAUGUAGUAUGUCACCAGUUGUUGGUUAUAGCAAAGUUUUGAGUGCAUUUUUGGUUGGUUUGUUUAUGCCAAGAGAAGGAAGAAUAUCAAAAAUGAUGAUUGGGAAAGUGAAUUAUAUUUUUAGGACAAUUUUUUAUCCAUUGUUUUUCUUUUGGGUUGGAACUGAGGCUAAACUUUCUGAAUUUGAGGCUGGUAAAAUUGCUUCAUGGGGUAAAAUUAUUAUUCCAUUUAUAAUUGCAACAAGUGGUAAAGUUGUUGGUUCUGUUGUUUCUGGAUUGAUGCUUGGAUUUCACUGGCCUGAAUCAGUUGCUACUGGAUUGUUACUCAAUAUCAAGGGUCAUUUUCAAGUCUACUUGGCUAUUAAUGCAUAUCGGGUAUGUCUCGCUCAUCCUAGAAUAAGUAUAAACACUCAAACUUGGCCUCAGCAGAUGAAUGUCAUAAGUAUGUCAACAAGUAUCGCGUUGGUGUUUGUAACGUUUCUAACCAUAAUAUACACCCCGGUAGUCGUGGCAAAAAUUAUUGAACGUGCAAGGAGACGUUCACCAACACAGAAAAUGGCAUUACAAUGUGUCAAUCCGGUGAAUGAGCUUCGAAUAUUGCUCUGCAUUCGCAGUCCUCAAGAUGUUUACUCAGCAAUAAACUUCAUGGAAAUUUCGCGAGGGCCAGUAAAUCCAGGGAUAAUGGUCUACUUAACUGAUAUGAUCGAUUUAACAGAUAAAAUUGCAGCAACAUUGAUAACUCAAGGUGAGGGGAUUGAUGCUGUAACUGUGACUGACCCUACGGUAGUUGAAAUGAGAGAGAAAAUCACUCAAGAUGUCAACGCUUAUUUAAACGAGAACUGUCAAGGUGUUAGCUUACGACGAAUGAUGGCACUUUCUACCAUCAAUAACAUGCAUCAAGACAUAAGUAUCCUUGCUGAGGACCUGAUGGUACAUCUUGUUAUACUUCCUUUUCAUAAGAAUCAAGAGGAAGAUGGACGACUUCAGGUCGGUCAUACAGGCUUUCGUCAUAUCAAUCGUAAGGUUCUUCGAAAUGCACCUUGUUCGGUAGGGAUACUAGUAGACAGAGGACUUGGUAAAACAGUGAUCGCGAGAUCAUCCAUUUCCCUCAAUGCAGCAGUGAUAUUCAUCGGUGGAAAGGAUGACAGAGAAGCACUUGUGUAUGCAGGACGUGUAGCACGACAUCCUGGAGUAAAGUUAACUGUAAUUAGAUUCUUGUUAGAAGCCGCGGGAGAUAGUGUAUCAUCAAGAAUUAGUAAAGCAAAAGUUAAUACUAGUGAACAUUUAGAAGAAAUGAAGAUAGAUGAUGAGUGUUUUGCUGAGUUUUACGACAAACAUGUUGCUGGUGGACGCGUUGCUUACAUUGAGAAAUAUCUCAUAAAUUCUGGACAGACAUUUUCGACGUUAAGGUCGUUAGAAGGGCAAUAUGGUUUGUUUAUUGUGGGACGGGGAGGGCGGGUUAAUUCAGUGUUAACAGUAGGGAUGAGUGAUUGGGAAGAAUGUCCUGAGUUAGGUCCUAUUGGUGAUAUUCUUUCAGCUUCUGAUUUCUCAGUAACUGCAUCUGUUUUGAUCAUUCAACAACAUAGUCUUAAAGGAGAAUUAGAUGGACUUCAUGAUGAAUUCUCAAUCAUGUAA